ACAAAUACAAGUUAUUUUAUUUGUCUGUCAGUGUCAUCAUCAAUUAUAAAUCUUGUGUCAUUCAAGGUUAUGAUGAGGUUUUUCCUAGUUUCGAGCAUGUGCCAUUUUCUUGUUCACGUUGUUAAGACUUUGACCGUCCAUCUGAAGUGUGAGCUAAACAAAACUGAACCCAUGCUGGUAGCCUUGUGUGUGUCAUACCAACAACAAACACAUUACCAAGUGACCCUCAUCGUUCAAGGCAAAACAUGUGGUGAUGUACACAAACCACAUUCAGCCUUUUGCGUGUUUGUGUUUCCGUCUGCCACUGAGGAAGGAACUUUCAGGGCAGACAUUGCUGGACGGUAGCUGCUGUGCCAUUCCUCUGAUUUGCCUUUUCUCUGUCUGGAGGCUCAACUUUGAAGCGAUCAUGAGCUACAGGACUGUGGUGAUGUACAUGGAGAUCGUCUGCUUUAUAAUCUGCGUAACUGGAUGGAUCCUGGUCUGUUCCACCAUGCCCACGGAGAUCUGGACUUGGUCUGAAGUAGACAGCAUAGUCCUGACCACAUCUAACUACUUCUCCAACCUGUGGAAGGACUGUAUAUCUGAUUCAACUGGAGUAUCUGACUGCAAGGGAAUUCCAUCAAUGCUUGCACUAAACUGGGACAUUCACAUGUGCCGAGCUCUCAUCAUCAUCUCCAUUAUCCUGUCUUUCUUUGGAUCAAUUCUGGUCUUAGUGGGAAUGAAGUGCACUAAGAUCGGGGGAACAGAGAUUAUUAAUGCGAGAGUAACCUUUGCCGGGGGCAUGAACUACCUUAUUGGAGGGUUGUGUUCUAUGGUUGCUUUCUCCUAUUAUGGAAACAAAAUUAGAGCAGAAUUCCAGGACCCUAACUUCAAGCCUCAGAGGUUUGAAAUAGGCGUUGGCGUCUUUAUCGGCUGGGGAGGCUCCACCUUACUUGUUGCCGGAGGCCUUGUUUACAGUAUCUUUGCAGGGAAAGAAGGGUGCCACUCAAGCUCAGAAAGACAUCCCACCUACCAGUUCCCUGACGCCUACGCAGUUGUUCCGGCAAAAAAGAGCAUCGCACCUUCGGCUUCGGAGAUUAGCGAGAGCAGAAAAUCAAGGACCACCACCACCAGUGGCAGCAGAGUCAGCAGCAUCUCUGGAAUCACCACUACCACCAAGUCGUCAGUUAAAACUGAAUAUGUGUGACCUCUUGGUGGAAAGAAUUCUGUGUUUCUAUACCUUUUGACUUGUCAUAGCAGGAAAAGCACAGGCGCUACAAAGAACAUUAACGAUGGCUCUGGUCUAUUCAAGUGUCCCCGUAAGCCGUGACAGUGAGCCGACAUGCACAAUAGCAUAAAUGCAAAUCCAGCCAUGAUUGGCUGUG